AUUGGUGGCUUUGAAGGUGCAGCAGGCGGGAACAGCUGAUGAGGAGAGAGCUGGCCGGCGAUGUGGGACGGUAAGAGGACCCCUGGCGGCAUGGCAUCGGGCCCCCGAGCGUGGCGGGAGCCUUGAAGAAGCCACGUCCCACGCCUCUGAGGCGACUCUUUCGCGACUGCCGCAAGUCCCAAGGUGCGGGAUUGGUGCUUGGUCUCGGGCCGGAGGCUGGGGACUACAGUUGAGGCUGAGUGCCAAAGAGAUGGAUGAAACUGUUUCCGAGUUUUUCAGGAGGACCAUCUUGAAAAUCCCAAUGACUGAAAUGAUGACAAUACUAAAAACCUGGAAUUUUUUGUCUGAAAAUCAACUGCAGACUGUAAACUUCCGGCAAAGAAAGGAAUCUCUUGUUCAGGACUUGGUUCUGCUUUGUGAGGAGAAUCGUGCAAGUCUCAAGGAUGCAGCCCUUUUAGACAUCAUUUAUACUCAAUUUCAUCGGCAUCAGAAAGUUUGGGAUGUUUUUCAGAUGAGUAAAGGACCAGGUGAAGACAUUGACCUUUUUGAUAUGGAGCAAUUCAAAAGUUCAUUCAAGAAAAUUCUUAAGAGAGCAUUAAAAAAUGUGACAGUCAGCUUCAGAGACGCUGAGGAGAAUGCAGUAUGGAUUCGAAUUGCCUGGGGAACACAGUAUAGAAAGCCAAACCAGUACAAACCUGCUUACGUGGUGUAUUAUUCCCAAACUCCAUAUGCCUUCACUUCUUCCUCCCAACUGAAAAGCAAUCUACCCCUUCUGGGUCAGGCACUGACAAUUGCUAGCAAACACCAUCAGAUUGUGAAAAUGGACCUCAGAAGCCGGUAUCUGGACUCUCUUAAGGCUAUUGUUUUUAAACAGUAUAAUCAGACCUUUGAAACUCACAACUCUACUACACCUCUACAAGAAAGAAGCCUUGGGCUAGAUAUAAAUAUGGAUUCAAGGAUCAUUCAUGAAAACAAAAUAGAAAAAGAGAGAGUCCAGAGAGUGACUCAAGAAAUUUUUGGAGACUAUCCACAACCAAGACUAGAAUUUGCACAAUAUAAGCUUGAAACGAAAUUCAAAAGUGACCUAAAUGGGGGCAUCCUGGCUGAGAGAGAAGAACCCCUCCGGUGCCUGGUUAAGUUCUCUAGCCCCCAUCUUCUGGAAGCACUGAAAUCCUUAGCACCAGCCGGUAUUGCAGAUGCACCACUUUCUCCAUUGCUCACUUGCAUACCCAAUAAGGGAAUGAAUUAUUUUAAAAUUAGAGAUAAAUAAGAUGUAUGUGGUUUUGUAAGCACAGCGUCCUUUACUGUAUUGCAUAUGCAUUUUAUAAUGACUAGCUGGAUAGCUUCUAUCUGCAAACUUGUUUUAGAGAUUAAUCCUUGAUGUUGACGAUUUAGAAAUGUUCAGUAUAAUUCUUGGGACUGAUUCUUUCCUCCUCCUGCAAAGCAUAGCAGUUGUGGGACUUUAAGAUGUGACAGGAUGUCUUUUUUUCUCACUCCUAUCUCUCCUCAAUCCUGGAGAGGUCUGGUUCCAGUUGCUGGUUUCCAGGGAUUUUCUCUUAAGCCUUGGAUCACAGAAAGAAGCAACAAGAAACUAUACCCAACCCAAAACUUUCCAGGAGAAUCAUAAAAUUGGUCCAUUCAAAAGGUAGAAUUGGGCCCAUUAAGUUAUUAUUGCAGGAGGUAGCCUAUCAGUUGAUUCAGCUAUAUAAAAUAAUGAUUUCAUUGUAAAUUAGAUACUUCUCAUCUAUUUUAUCAUACAUAUGGCAUUCCAACUGACAGAUAAUAUACAGGUUUGUGAAUAAAGAUAUUUAAAAACGGGUG